UGGUCGAGUCAUUGUUUGUCCUUCCAUCUGCUAUCCGAAAUGACCACUCGGGGUUUUUACAAGGAUGCUGCAUCUGUUUAAUUAUUCAUGACUCUUAUAUUUGUUUUGGAUGGGAAUUAUUUGUGUAUUUUCAAUGAACGAUAUGUUUGUGGUGUGUAGCGGUUUUCCGAAGGAGAAGAGCGUCCUCACCGACUCCGGUCCGCGGGAUAAGGUGUGUUACGGACCUGAGCAUCUUUUCUAUUAACUGGACUGUAGUGCCCACUCCUGUUGCUUGAUCCUGUGUGUACAUAUGAUGUAAUUGAGUUCAAAAGCAUGCAUUGGACAUCAUUAUAAGAAUCGACGCUGCCAGUCCCUUGAGUCGUCUUGAUCAACUCGACACGUCAUAAAAGCUCUUGGUAUGGCUGCGAAGUCCUUAGAGCCAGGGUCAGUUUCCAUUCCAAUGGAGGAGACCAAGCGUGCAGGAGGAGCCCCACCAGAUGCUGCCUUGCUGACUCACUUAAAGAAAGUCGAGAACCAUAUCACAGAGGCACAGCGAUUUUCUCACCUGCCUCGACGUUCAGCAGUGGACUUAGAGUUUACAGAGCUCUCCUACACCAUUCGCGAGGGCCCCUGCUGGAGGAGGAGAGGAUAUAAGGCACUUUUGAAGUGUCUGUCCGGAAAGUUCUGCAGUCGAGAGCUUAUCGGAAUCAUGGGACCCUCAGGGGCGGGCAAGUCCACUCUCAUGAACAUUCUUGCUGGCUACAGAGAGACAGGCAUGAAAGGUCAGAUCCUGGUAAACGGACGACCCCGUGACCUCCGCACUUUCAGGAAAAUGUCAUGUUACAUCAUGCAAGAUGACAUGCUACUGCCAAACCUCACAACACGAGAGGCCAUGAUGGUCUCAGCUAACCUCAAGCUUAAUGAAACUAUGGAAGUGAAAAAAGAACUGGUAAAUGAAAUUCUCACCGCAUUAGGACUACAGGAGUGUGCCCACACUCGUACUGUCUCUCUGUCAGGUGGCCAGUGUAAGCGGUUGGCUAUCGCUCUAGAGCUGGUCAACAACCCUCCUGUCAUGUUCUUUGAUGAACCCACCAGUGGUCUAGACAGUGCGUCCUGUUUCCAAGUGGUAUCCUUGAUGGGAUCUCUGGCUCAGGGAGGAAGAACCAUCAUCUGUACCAUCCACCAGCCCAGUGCUAAACUCUUUGAAAUGUUUGACAAGCUUUAUAUCCUGAGUCAAGGUCAGUGCAUAUAUAAGGGGACUGUACCGAACCUUAUCCCCUACCUGAAGAACCUUGGACUCCACUGCCCCACGUACCACAAUCCUGCAGACUUUAUAAUUGAGGUCGCUUCAGGAGAGUACGGUGAUCUGAACCACGUGCUCUUCGAGGCUGUCCAGGGAGGACUGUGUUCAGAUGAAGGCAAGAAGAACUCCACUGACAAGAAUGACCCCACAACAUCCUGUCCCUCCCAAUGUCAUAAUGAUUCAGGCCAUAUUGAGAAACACACCUUUGCCACCAGUUCCCUCACACAGUUCUGCAUACUCUUCAAGAGAACCUUCAUCACUAUAUGCAGGGACAUGGUAUUAACUCACUUGAGGGUGAUGUCACACCUGUUUAUUGGAGUGCUGAUUGGUCUGCUGUACCUGAACAUUGGGAAUGAUGCCAGCAAAGUGUUCAACAACACUGGUUUCCUCUUCUUCUCCAUGCUGUUUCUCAUGUUUGCUGCACUCAUGCCCACUGUCCUGACAUUUCCACUAGAGAUGCCUGUGUUCCUAAGGGAACAUCUUAAUUACUGGUACAGCCUCAAGGCAUAUUACCUGGCUAAGACCAUGGCUGACAUUCCAUUCCAGAUAAUUUGUCCAAUAAUGUACUGCAGUAUAGUAUACUGGAUGACAGCGCAGCCUCCAGAGGCAGGCAGAUAUCUGCUGUUUAUGGCACUGUCCACCUCCACUGCCCUAGUGGCUCAGUCUCUGGGGCUUCUCAUUGGAGCUGCGUCCACCUCACUGCAGGUUGCCACAUUUGUAGGUCCAGUCUCUGCCAUCCCAGUUCUUCUGUUCUCUGGCUUCUUCGUCAACUUUGACACCAUUCCUAAAUACCUUCAGUGGAGCUCCUAUGUGUCAUAUGUCAGGUAUGGCUUUGAGGGGGUAAUCCUCUCCAUCUACGGCAUGAACCGCUCAGAGCUGGAGUGUCCCGGCGUGGUGUGUAAGUUCCAAAAGCCGGAGGAGGUCCUGCAGUUGCUGGAUGUGGAGGAUGCAAAGCUCUAUGUGGACUUCAUGGUGUUGGGGGUCUUCUUCUUAGUUCUGAGACUUGCCACUUACCUAGUUCUGCGCUAUAAGGUCAAGUCAGAGCGUUAGAGCCAGGGCUACAUGUAAUAUUACAGACACACACAGUCUGCACACUCACAAGUGGCAGUGCAACAUUGUUCUCUGUUUUUGUUACUUGACUUUUUAAUCCUCCAAUAAGUAUAUAAUAGUAAAUAAAGACUCGUUUACUAUAAUUUUUGAAUGUAUUAUUCCAUUCAGUUAAGCAUUGUAAAUGCAUUGUAAACUGAUGUGACUUUGAACUUAGAAGCAUGAGUCUCUGUCGACAGGACUGGAUGUAAUAACAAUGACAAUCCCAUGACAGCACUCUAUAGCAUGUGAAUUGGACAUGAGCCAACAUGUGAAUAAGUCUCUUUGUAUCAGAUUGUGGGAUAGUCCUAUUGUCUUAUUGUUAAUGACUUUCAUUUAGACUGAGCUGAAGAACUGUAUGUGUUUUGGAAGCGAGUGCACUGCAUGCUUGGGGGCACCUUAGAACAUGCAAGCAGUAGAACCCAGAACUGUGCUGAGUUUGGUCAGGAUACUGUGGACAAUACGAAAUGUCCAACCAGCGUAUCUUCAAAUCCAUUAUGUCUUUUCAAUUUGCCAGUCUUCCCACCAAUUCUCUGAGUUUCUGCAGGAGUUUAUAGAACAAUAUGCUACCAUUCCUGCGAUGACCUGCUGAAAGAACACUUUAAAGAACACUUUUACAGUCUCAUGGCAAUUCUCAAGAAUCCAUGUCAGCCUAAAUCUAACCAUUUGGGCAAUGUUGCAGCAAGUGCCCUUGAUGUGAACUGCCUGUAAUUUUUUUCUAAAAGGGAACUGAAAUAUCUUGCUUGACAAACAUUUUGGCUGCCAGAAUUAAAUCUGUCCUCUUACCUUGAAUUUUCUGACAACUGCCUCUGUGGUCGCUUGAGAGAGUAGUUUGUGUUAGGCUCUCUCAGCUUCAUAAGAAGGGAUCUUACCUUGAACUUCAACAGUCAAACAGCUCCCUACAGUGACCAAAAAGGAAAAGACUUCAACGUGAAUUGGGGCUGAUCACAAAGCUCCACUGACUUAUUGCAUUUACCCAUGAAUGAUACAUAUCAAAUGUCAGAAAAUGAUCUACAAUCCUGAUGUCUGAUAUUAAGACUGUCCAAUAACAGCUGAACCUUGUUAUAUUCUUACAUGAAAACACUUUCUGCUUCUUUGCGACUGUUUUCUGUACACUUAAACUGCACUGCUGAGGAUUUCAGGACUCAACAUUUGCAGUUAGCUGCACUGUCGAAUGAGUGACACAACUGGCCCAAGAUGUGUGUCCUGAAAAACAUGGAAUUCUGGAUGGAGAUUUUAUGCAUCUUCAGUAGUGUGGUGUGCUGCUUAUGAACAUGCCUCUUGUUUGCACCUAUAUAUAUACACUUCCUUUUUUCCCUGCUUUAUACUCCCUAGCCAGGCUACUCAAUACAGCAAUGCAAUGCAAACAUCUUCACAACUGACUCAAUGUUUUUGAGUCCUGCUAUGUGUUAUGUCUCCUUAUAUAUAGAAGAAUACUAAUAACUUGAGUAUAUACACAAGAAAGUAUACA